AUGAGAUUUCAUGGACGUAAUCUCCUGGGAAGAGUCCAAGAGAUAGUCAUCAUCAGUCUGGAACCCGAGCCAGAACCCGGGUUGCUGGUGCCGCAGCCUCAGACUCCGUAUUUGCUGGAGGUCCUUUCCACGCACGGAGCGACGAGUGACCAGCAGGCCAGCAACCAGCGCCUGGUCGCUGGUCACUGUGACACCAAAACCACCAAGAAGAAGGCAGCAGACCAGCAAGUGGCCCUUGUCCAGUCCAGUAGAGAGUACUUAGUGACCACCUUCUUGGCCCUGGUCCUAGCCCGAGCCAGAAUCCCCUCGGAGAUCGACCAGCCAGAUCUAGACAAGGGCCUAAUCUGGGCCAAGCUGAAACGAAACCGAUCGGGAGGGUCAGCCAGCAAAAGGAAUUUUCCAGGGCCAUGGGCGGCUAACCAGGAUAUUCGCUGGAGUUAG